CCUCCACCAGCCCACCAGUGGCUGGCAGGGCCGGCAUGUCUGGAUCAAUGCCGGCCAUCGGGCGUUUGAGUGGUACUCCGCCCAUCCACGGCAAUCAUUUUGAUCAUUUUCAGACGUGUCCUGCUGUUUCCUACCCCAAACACUCUGAGAUUUGCACCGAUUUGCAAUGCUCUUCAGCAGGGCAAGUGUGUCUCUCAUGUGGUUGGGGUCCUAAUUCAACCAAUUUGGCGGCCUGCUGCGAAAAAGAUGACAUGCCACUGCCGGAUAAACGAGGACGUUAUCCCUGCGAGCGGCAAUAUGUGACCACAACUGCUGGGAUUUUCUGCAAAUUCGGUUGCUGUACCACUGGAUCCACGGUUUGCGGUGACGGCUGUUGCAAGCCUGGUGACAGUGGUGCCACGCACAAUUGCGGAAGGAGCCUACCCACCCGGCACGGCAAAGGAAGGAAACCUUGUUGUGUCGUGGAAGGCUCAUCACCCAGUAAACAGGAGGAGAGUGGUUGUUGCAUCCGUGGCGACGGCCUCAAUUGCCUUCAAAAUGAGACGCCCUGUUGCCUUUGGACACAGGGGAAUGAACGUGCACAGGAUCCGGAUCCACAUUCUCCAUGUCAACCAAAGAAUUGUUCCUUGUACCAAGCAUGUGCGCAUGGAGAAGGAUAUGAUUGCACUGAACAUGGCCAGCGGAUCUGCUGUCUCCGUCCUGGUGGUGCAAGAGCAGCAUCCGAAGCAGAUCCAUGUCAGCCACAAGAGGUUGACUGCCAAAAUCGCUGGACAAAGUGUUCCCAUGGAGUGGGCUCCGAGUGUUCCCGCAAUGUGGGUUCUGCUUGUUGCCUUCCACCCAACAAUUCUUCCAGCAACCCCUGCCAGGAGGAUUGUAGGAAUUACACAGUUCCCUCGCUGUUCCAACACUGGUGGUUUUGGAUUGGUCCCUCCAUCCUCUUGAUGAUCUUCAUGCUGAUUCCCUUAGCCUUAGUGCGUUGGCGAAGGCGCAGGGCAAGAGAAGUGACUCAACCAGCGAACUGCCAGGUUGAUAGACCCGAUAGACCCCCAGCACUGGUGAUUUGCAACUCCAAAUAUGAAGGAAACUUUGAUCCUUUGCCUUGGGCCAUGAAAGAUGGCGAGAGCAUCUGUCGGAUGCUGGACAAGUUAGGCUUUCAUGUCAUCGAGUGCAACAACCUGUCGGAAAGUGAAUUGCAUCAAAGUACGCAGAGACUGGUGACUGAGCUUCAGCAGGGUGAGUUCAAAACUCCGGUGGUUCCAAUCUACUACGCUGGACAUGGAACAGAAGUAGCAGGAACACAGUUUCUGGUUCCAAUCAGUGCAAAGGACUACAGUGACCCACUGAUUUCUUUGGAUAGUCUGAUGGAAUGUCCUGCAAAAGCUUACUUGGAGGACGGUUCCCAGAUCAAACCCCUGUAUUUCUGCAUCCUGGAUGCCUGUCGAUCACAACCACGCAGCCAAGCAGACAGGAUCAAAUUGGCAGCAGCAGCGGCCAGCAAAAAGAAGCAGGCGGUCAGGCGGAAGCAAAAUCUGAAGCCGGACUUUGUGAUCCUGAAUGCCUGUGAAGCCGCAAACUGGGCCCAACAAUGUCCAGAUACUGGACAUGGCUUUUUGACCAAAGCCUUUAUUGACCAUGGAUGGCGUGAAAUGCCACUGUCCCUCCUGUUGGAAACGCUGAUGCAGCAGGUGGAGCAAGAGACCCUGCAGCGGGCAACGUAUCAACAGAAACCGGAGCUCACAAAAAACUGCAGCACACUGCACACGCGUUUCCUGGGUCCAAAGAUGACGCUGGAUGUGUCCAGUCGUUCCACUUCGGCCAGUUGUAUCGACGUGUCCAGUCUAUGCAGUGGAUCCAGAGGUGAAAGAAGUGAAGGUCCAGCGGUGAUGACUUCUGCCAUGCAGGCACUUCUGAGUGCACCCGCAGAGUCUGCACCAACUGGGUGAAAGUUUGGGGGGGUCCAUCUGGGUCCCGAGCUUUGAAAGAUUCGUGCAUUUGAAGUGGGGAAAA